GAGCGUAAUUACAUUCUGGAAUUGACAAAAGUUCAGUGUUCCCAGAAUUCAACACAUUUCAAGGCCCUGGUUUGUUCACUGCGAAAUGAGAGCAAUGAAAAUGUUCUGGAUAUGCGCAUGGAAUUGGCCACCACCAUAAAGGAUUUUCAAAUUCGUUCCAUAAUGAAUGGUUAUCGACCGAAGAUGCCAGUGUUGAAAAUAUACGAUGUGAAUUUGAGUGCCUGUGAUUUUUUGGCCAAUUUGAAUAGAUUGCGGCUAUUCAUAGCUCUGCUAAAGACACUGAGGCGAUACUAUAAUGGCGGUACGAAGUGUCCCUUUCGAAAGAAUUACAAUUAUACCAUAAAAGGAUUUCGAUUUGAUACGAGCCUCUAUCCAUCCUAUCUGCCGGAAGGUGUAUUCACCGCCAUCAAUUUUGUGAAAUAUGAAAAUCAGCUGAUAGCAAAAGUGGCGUUUUGGGGAAG